UAUGUAUGUAUGUAUAGAAAACUUUAUCCGCGCAUGGAAGUAAAACGGCACUCGUUAAAACACGGGGUGAUCUGUUUCAUUAUACACCACGUACCAGCUUACAAGUUACCUCGUAUAAAACUUCGUGUUUUUUGUAGUCUAAGUGACUUAUGUUAUUGUCUAUACCUGUGCAAACACUCUCGCUCAGUUUAUACUCUGUCUCCACACAUGGUAUUUCACACUAGAGUUUUUACCAGAGUUAUGUAUACACUCAUUUUUUUCAGGUUGUUAAACGAAAAUAUUAAAACUGUCUUGCGAGGUACUGUUGCUUUAAACUUCGCUGUGUUAAUUGGAUUAUGCAUUUUGGAUCCUGAACCUUCUAGAGGUCCUUACACUGCGAUUCGGUAUUUACCACCAAGAGGGAUUUUACUCAGCACUGCAACGGUGUGGAUUUCUUACUCGUUUUUUUGCGAAGCUCGCACGAUUGUAAGGUAUUCAGCGGGAAAGGAAAUUGGAGUUAAGAUUAAAAAAAUAGUUUUUUUACAAGCUUUACUGGUCACAGGAUGCGGCAGUUUAUCAUUACAAGCAGCUGUAACACAAUCAUACAGUGUUGCAUACGUCAUGUGUUUGGUAUCCUAUACAUGUUUUAUUCCAAUCGGGUGGUUUUGUGUGAGUUUGUUACGUCACAAUAUCAGAGAGAAAGAAGUUUGUGACGCACGAGGUGCUGAGAUAGCAAUAAUAAAGAUGGAACUUGCAUCUUUAGUUAAUGGUAUCCUUUUAAGCGUAUAGAAAACUUGGAUAAGUUGAACGUUUAUUUUAAAUCUAUUUAAUAUAUAUACAUAUAUAUAUAUGGUAUGUCAAUACACCCAAAACUUAUUGGCGUAUUGGUAUACGGAGCAUGCCGAGGUACCCAUGUUAUAACUUAACAGUGAGCAUGAGGUGUAUAAAUACAACAUUUG